AUGGCAUCAGCCACAAAAGAAGACUAUUCACUGCUACCUCGGCUGCCUGACCUGUUUGAAACCGUCCAGCAACUUCUGGACGAAGUGGAAGAAGCAGCUGAACCCACCACUUCCCGAAUAAUCCAAGGCAAGGUGUUGCAGGGACUAGACCUCCUUAAGACAGCUGCCGAAAUGUUGUCACAGCUCGACUUGUUCAGCAAAAAUGAAGAUCUGGAAGAGAUUGCUUCCACUGACCUCAAGUACCUGCUGGUACCAGCAUUUCAAGGUGCACUCACCAUGAAACAAGUUAACCCCAGCAAACGUCUAGAUCAUUUGCUGUGUGCUCGAGAACACUUUUUAAACUACUUAACUCAAUGCCAAUGCUAUCAUGUGGCAGAGUUUGAGUUGCCUCAAACCAAGAACGACUCAGCUGAAAGUAGCCCUGCUAGUUCCCCCACGGCCUAUCCUAGCCUUGUUCUUAUGGCAUCUCAAAGACAGGCUAAAAUAGAGAGAUACAAACAGAGGAAGGAGGUGGAGCAUAGGUUGUCUGCAAUGAGAUCUGCUGUGGAAAGUGGUCAAGUAGAUGAUGAGCAUGUCCGUGAAUACUACCUCCUUCACCUCCGAAGGUGGGUGUGUAUCAGCUUGGAAGAGAUAGAGAGCAUUGACCAGGAGAUAAAGAUCCUGAGAGACAAAGACUCUUUUGAAGAGGCAUCAACUUCUCACUCACCUCUUCAGGACAAGCCUCCAGUGAAACCCUUCAUUCUCACUCGGAAUGUGGAGCAAGCCAAAGUAUUUGGAGCUGGUUAUCCAAGUUUGGCAUCUCUGACAGUGAGUGAGUGGUAUGAUCAGCAUCAGAAAUUUGGAGCAUUACCAAGUCAGGAAAAAGCCAAGACAGCAGCAGAGGUCAAAAUAGCAGCUCAGGAAAAGGAAGAUCAGGAAGAAAAGGGAGACAAGGAAGAUGAGUACGAGUAUGAUGAGCAAACGCUACACCAGGCUCAGCAGCGGGAUGACUGGAAGGACACCCAUCCUAGGGGCUAUGGCAACCGACAGAACAUGGGUUAG